AUGAAAGGUAACACGCCUAAAGGCCGACAAGAGCGUGGCCCACUCAGUCGGGCUAUGGCUGACCCAAACGCUUCUGGAAGCAAAUUGUCUCGAGCUGACGCCCGACAACAUGUCGAUAUUGAGAUGCCGGACCAGCCAUCGGCGACGACGAGAUACGCAGAGCAACACGAUACGCACAUGUCCGAGACGCCCAUGUCCGACAUGGCCUUAACUGCUGCUGUGCAUGCUAGUCAAGACCGGGGCCCAGAUCAAUCAAUGUCGCCUGGCAACACCCGUCCGACAGGAUCCGCAGAAGUUGAACAUGAGAGAAUCGACCCUCACGUCCUCCAAAGCCGCUUGCAGACUUGCGAACGUCAAUGUCGGGCGCUGCGCGAUGACAAUGCGCAAGCAAUGCAAGAGCGUGAUACUGCCAGAGAGCAAUUCGCGACGUGUGAAGCGGCCUUGAUGUUGCACAAGAACUCUAUGGAAACCGAGCGCAAAGAACGAGGUCGUCAGAUACAUGAACUCUCGAAGCAGAACAGAGAUCUGCAGCAGCGUAUAACCUUCAAUGACCAGGAGAGAGCUCGAUUAGCUGAGCAGUUGGAGUCGGUCACAAAAGAGUUUCAGAAUCGAAAGAAAGAAUCGUCCAUGUUACGAGAGACGAUCCAGCAGCAGAGCGCAUAUAUUGAGACAUCGGUCACGAAGGCACAAAAUGCUGCUGUCAGGCUCUUGUCGGACACUGUCUCAAAUUCGCUCCCAGACGACCAGAUUCGCAGAUGCUUUGAGUCUUUGUUCGAUGAGCUCCACGAGUGGUCGAGAACGAACUCCAACAAGGACCCAGGAGUGAUCAAAACUGUCCCUUUUCGGAAGAAACUGGAUAAUUCCGGGCUUGUGCACAGGCUGGAUCCCGAUGACCCUAACACUGCUUUGGAAUUUGAUCUUGAAGACUCCACGGCGACGGACACCCUUCUCAAUGCAGAUCUGUCCAUCGAGAUAUGCGAAAGAUUCCUCGGCACUCCAUUCUUCGUGGCUGAGCAGAUACAAACGAUCGGAUCACAGGCAUCGCCAGUAGAUCAUCACGAUUCCACAGAUCGUGCUCUUGAGCGGCUUUUGAGAAGGCUCAAGAAAGAUGCCGGUGACAGGAUUUCAAUUGCCCAUACUUGGAGAGCUUCCACCGUCCGCGUGCUCGCUGAAACGGCUCGCUUGCAAGGCAGACUGGAUAGAAUGUUCGAUACCCAUGCUGCAGAGAUCCUUCUCGAAGCCGGACCGCUCCUAGACUCGCGUUUAUCCAAGCGCGAGCGAUCUGAUUUUGCCGAACUCGUGCAAAAGUUUGGCAACUUAGCUCUGCAGCUGUGGUCGCAAAAUCACGAACCCAAGUACGUCUUACCGCGUAUGCUCAAGGGCAUGCAAUUCAAGCAUUCUUCCCCGGACAUGGAGGCAGCCAGGGUGGUAGGUCUGGAGAAAGGAGAUCGGUCGCUUGAUGGCAGACCUAUCAUGGUUGUCUUGCAGCCACUUAUACAAGGAUUUGGUGACCAAAAUGGUCACGACUAUGACAAGCACAGGAUCUGGUCCAAAGCGGUGGUAUGGGUCUCGAAUCGUAGCUAA